AUGUCACAGUCGGCCGAAAAGGUCAAGGAGGAAAACGCAGAUCAGUCAAAGAAGGGCGAGAACGAAGUCAGUCAAAAGGUCACUGAACGGGGUGACGAGGUCAACAGCAAUCAGCUGUUAGACGCAGAAAAGGUCAAGCUGGAUGACCUUUCGGAUGACUUGAUGACCUUUAAAGGGCUGGAAGGGAAGGGUACCAGCCCAGCAUCAAGUGAUGAAAGAUACUUUACGGACGAUGAAGACAAGACAAUGCAGAUGUCAUUUCACACUGCAAUGAAAGAAGCUGAACAAGCGGACGAAAUCCUGCAGAUGACCUUUAACGAAAAGUCGGAAGAAACCUUCAUAGGAACGGCGUCAGGAAAGGCUGACAACGAAAGGUCACCGACACCUAAAACUCCCGCAUCAACAGAUUCGAAGCGACGAGUUCGAGAGUUAGAAUUACAACUCGAGAACAAAGAUGAGCAAGCAUUCGCCGCAGUACGGGAGCAAAGGAACAAAACCAUCGAAAUGGAAUCAAGAGUGUUCGUGUUAGAACAAGAAAAGGUCACGCUGGAAGAUGAAAUGCAGCAAUGGAAAGUCAGAUAUGAAGUGCAGAAGCAAAUGGCAGAAGAACUGAAGAAAAUGGUUGACGAUAAGGAUUUGGAAGGCAUACUCGCCGUGGAAGACCUCAACAACAGCCUGUCCGAAGAGUCAGCCGAAAGGUCACGGGAGAUAGCGGAAUUGAAGGAACAGUGUGACCUUUUGAAGUCAAAGGUCAUGGAAGUUGAAACGCAGCGCGAUGAAUGUCUGUCAAACGCAACAAAGGUCACGGGAAGGGUAGCCAGCCUGACAGCAGACAUUACGGAGCUAAUGAAAGAUCUCGAAACAUACGAAGAAAACAAUCAAAAGCUACAGAUGGAAUUGAAUGAAAGGAAGAAGAAACAAGGGGAGACAGAAAAACAGAGGUACCAAGCCGCUCAAAAGCUCCAGGAACUCAGCGAGAAAACAAAAGCAGAAGUCAAGCGGUUAAGUGACGAAGUUCAAGGUCACAAAAGGGAAGCUCAGAGAUGGAAGACUCACGCACAACUACUUGACGAACGGGUCACGGUGCUUGAAGUUGAGAACAGAGAAGGGCAAGUUCUCACCCAUAAACAGAAGCAAGACAUCGCUAAGCUGGGAAGUGACCUUUUAGGGAUGACGACCUUGGUGAUGUCCUGA